AUGGAUUCCCCACAGCGAGAUAUCGCGACCGAAGAGAAUGCGGAUUUGGAAAUGAGUUCAAAUAGGUCAUCUCAACCGACAGCGGACGUGGCACCUCCCGCGUAUGACAAUGUCCAUGCAAGCGUAGGAAACAACGAAUUACGAUUAUGCCCCAACCCUCCCUAUUUAACUGAGAAGGAGGUUAAGGAGCAAGGAUCCUGGUACGCUCGACUCAUUUUCAAGACCGACAACGUCCCGCAGCUCAUGCGCGAAGGUCUGCACUGGUCGUUGGAGAAUGUUCGAUGGGAGGACGGAUACAUCGAGGCCACGCCAGCCGAAUCCGACCGUACUCCACCUGACAAGGAACAGAUCAAAUAUUGUAAUAAACUUGGGCUCAUUAAGACCCGUCAUUACUUUCUCUGUGAUCUUCAAGUACCAUCGCAAUGGGUCGCUCACCUCCAGGUCUACGCCGCAAAGAACAGAGUUCUAGCGAACAUGCGGCUCGGAAACCUCUCUAGGAAGAACAUAUAUGCCGCAUACGCAGGGUGUGUCGAUAGGGAACAAUACAUCUAUCUAUACGACAGUUUUCGCCCGGAGACUUGGUAUAAUGCCAUCUACGACGAUAUGCCCAUGAGAGGUUGGUGGCCGUGGCCAAAAAAGAAGAAAAGGAGUCAAACGUGA